UCUCCUUCAACCUCUUCCUAUCUCGGGUUUCCACUUUUCAAGCAGAAGAGAAAUGAAGGUGAUUUCCAUAGCUCUAUUGAGUUCUCUCGUGGUCUUCACUUUAAAAAUCUAUGAUAUUUGAUUCCUCUUUCUUGUUCUUCACAAAUGGCCUCCAUUGAUUCACUGUUAUCUCCAAGGGUCUUCCUUCCACAAUCCUCCUUCAACCCACUCACUCCUCGUCUGAACCAUCUACAAACUCAGCGUUUCAAUUUCACUCGGAAUCCCAGAACGCCAUUUUUGUUUCUUCACCCAAACAGGUUUGCUUUCUGUUUGGCAGUUUCAAAAUCUUCUGAUUCACCGUCACAGUCCUCCGGUGGCGAUAAAGCUGCCCAACAUGAUUUUGUAACCAGGGUUUUGAAGGAAAAUCCCAGCCAAUUGGAACCCAGGUAUUUAAUUGGCGAUAAAUUGUAUACUUUGAAAGAGAAAGAGUAUUUGAGUAGAAAAUUGGAGGUGGGUGUGUUUGAUUUUGUGGUCAAGUGGUUGAAUUCGAGAAAGAAAUCGAAGGAGGAGGGCAUUGAGGGUCGUAAUGAGGGUGGAAAUAAGAGUGAGGAUGUGUAUUUGAAAGACAUCUUGAGAGAGUAUAAAGGGAAGCUUUAUGUGCCUGAGCAGGUUUUCCGUUCAGAGUUAUCGGAGGGAGAAGAAUUUGAUAGAAGUCUUGAGGCGUUGCCGAAAAUGAGCUUUGAGGAUUUUGUGAAAGCUUUGGAGAACGACAAAGUCAAAUUGUUAACUUCAAAGGAGAGUAGAGCUACCUUUUAUGGCAGCAUGUUCAGAGAUUUUAUUGUCGAUUUAAAGGAAAUUCCAGGUGAAAAGAGCUUGCAAAGAACUAGAUGGGCGUUAAGGCUUGAUGAGACUGAAAUCCAAACAGUAUUGGAGCAGUAUACAGGUCCGCAAUACCAAAUUGAGUCGCAUACCUCGUCUUGGGUGGGAAAAUUGCCCAAUUACCCUCAUCCCGUAGCAAGUCAGAUAUCUAGCAGAAUGAUGGUAGAGCUUGGAGUAGCGACUAUUAUGAUAGCUGCUGCAGCGUUUCUUAUUGGAGGGUUCCUAGCUUCUGCUGUAUUUUCUUUUACCGGUUUUGUCUUUUUUACUGUGGUAAAUGUUGUAUGGCCAAUAAUCAGACCAUUUCUUAAGCUUUCUCUUGGUCUGAUCUUUGGCAUUUGUGAGAGGGUUUGGGAUAACGUUGGUGAUUUUUUUGAAUAUGGAGGGGGGUUUUCCAAGCUUCAAGAGGUUUUCAUUUACUGUGGUAUCUCUGACAGUCUUGAGCUUAUUGUACCAAUUUCAACCAUUGUUUUAAUCAUGGUUCUUCUUCUUCGCUUUACACUUUCAAGAAGGCCCAAGAAUUUCCGCAAGUGGGAUCUUUGGCAAGGGAUUGAUUUUUCACGCUCCAAAGCAGAAGCUCGUGUUGAUGGUUCAACUGGAGUCAAGUUCAGUGAUGUAGCAGGAAUUGACGAAGCUGUAGAGGAACUCCAAGAGUUGGUGAGAUACUUGAAGAAUCCUGAAUUGUUUGACACAAUAGGCAUAAAGCCUCCUCAUGGAGUUCUUUUGGAAGGACCUCCUGGCUGUGGUAAGACGUUGGUGGCCAAGGCCAUAGCUGGUGAAGCUGGUGUUCCAUUUUACCAAAUGGCUGGAUCCGAGUUUGUUGAAGUUCUAGUUGGUGUUGGUUCUGCUCGUAUUAGAGAUCUAUUUAAGAGAGCGAAGGUAAACAAACCUUCAGUUAUCUUCAUUGAUGAAAUUGAUGCCUUGGCAACUAGGCGUCAGGGAAUUUUCAAGGAAUCUACAGAUAAUCUCUACAAUGCCUCUACUCAAGAGAGGGAAACCACAUUGAACCAACUUCUUACAGAGCUUGAUGGAUUUGAUACUGGAAAGGGUGUUAUAUUUUUAGCUGCCACGAAUAGAAGAGAUCUGUUAGAUCCUGCGCUUCUUCGACCGGGUCGUUUUGAUCGAAAGAUAAAAAUUUGUCCCCCGGGUGCAAAAGGAAGACUCGAUAUCUUGAAAAUUCAUGCAAGCAAAGUGAAGAUGUCACACUCUGUUGAUCUAAGCAUCUAUUCACGAAAUUUACCUGGUUGGUCGGGAGCAAAGUUGGCUCAACUUGUCCAGGAAGCUGCUCUUGUUGCUGUGAGGAAAGGGCAUGAAUCUAUUUUCCAGUCAGACAUGGACGAUGCAGUUGACAGGCUCACUGUGGGACCAAGACGGAUUGGCGUAAAGCUAGGUCAUCAGGGACAAUGCCGGAGAGCUACCACAGAAAUGGGUGUUGCUAUAACUUCACAUUUGCUUAGGAGAUUUGAGAGUGCAAAAGUUGAAUGCUGCGAUCGCAUUUCAAUCAUCCCUCGUGGUUGGACAUUGUCACAAGUUGUGUUCCGCCGACUCGAUGAUGAAUCAUACAUGUUUGAGCGACGACCACAAUUACUUCAUCGUCUUCAGGUUUUCCUUGGAGCCAGGGCAGCGGAGGAGGUCAUAUACGGUCGGGACACAUCAAAGGCAUCUGUUAGCUAUCUUGCUGAUGCCUCUUGGCUUGCUCGUAAAAUCAUAACAAUUUGGAAUUUGGAAAAUCCCAUGGUAAUACAUGGGGAACCGCCACCAUGGAGGCGGGAAGCGAAUUUCAUUGGUCCAAGAUUGGAUUUCGAAGGCUCCCUUUACAACGACUACAAUCUAACCGAACCCCCGCUGAAUUUUAAUUUAGACGACGAAGUUGCUCGGAGAACUGAAGCACUCAUACGUGACAUGUAUGAUAGGACAUUGGCUAUGCUCCAGAGGCACCACGCAGCAUUGCUUAAAGCCGUGAAGGUUCUCAUCACCCAGGAGGAAAUAAGUGGAGAAGAAAUCGACUUCAUUCUAGACAAUUACCCUCAACAAACACCUAUCAGCGUUGUUUUGCAAGAGGAAAACCCUGGGAGCCUCCCAUUUGUAAAACGAAAACGAGAAAAUGAACAGGAACGAGAACAAGAACGUGAUUUUGAGUACGGUGCCAUUCCUCAGUCUGCGAUCAUCGAAGCUUGAGAAGGAUGCAAAACCUGUAUGUGAAAUUAGCAACUGAUUAUGGGGCACCAUGACCUCUCUUUGCAUAGCAUCAUCAGUUUUUUAGGCUUCAAGAUGGUAGCAGCUAAAUUGAGAUGGCAAGUAUUGCCAUAUUAUUUUCUCAAAAUUCACAUUUUUUAUAAUAAAUUCUCAUAGGUUGAAUUUACAAUUAUGAAGUCAAUAUUACAUACUCUGUAGGUAGAACUUUUGAACUUUAUAUACUAUAUUUAAUAUUUUCUUUAUCUUAUAUGUUCGGUAGUUUCUCAUCAAGAUCUUUGUAUUAAUAAAAUUUCAACUUCUUGGUUCAAAUU